UGUGAACAGUCUGGAUUGACAUCGUCUGCAGUAGAAGUGAUAGCUAGAAAUAUUCUAAUUUUGGCGCGAACGGGAUAAAGAACGGAAAUUAUGUGUGCAACAAUAAAACUGUUUUGAAGUCAAGAGCUAUUGGUUGAUUAGACCAAAGGUUAAAUGAGUUGCUACAUCAGAUCAAAUUUAAUGGAUACCAGUUUUAGUGUAGAAUCAAAAGAUUAAAAUGAAAGAUUCGCUGUGCUAUGAAAGCCAUUGAAAGUUUCUUUUUAAAAACAAUAUAUAACCACUGGUGAUCAUAUUUCAAACACGAGAAUAUUUUUGAUGUUGUUGAGAAAAAAAUGAAUUAACAAAACCAUCAAACAAUUAACAUUGCUAUCAGAUUAGUAUUUCCUGUAAUGAAACGCAAAAUAUGAAAUAUGAUUUAAAAGAAGUUUGUAUUUUUUAUUGGAUAUAAACCAGAAUAUGGAUCAAUAUAAUAUGUAACUUUGUUACAAUAUGAGCUAUAACUUUGGUUAAAGAUGUCAGUUUGGGAACGCAUAGUUGAGGACGUUGAUGAUAAUGAACCUUUGCACCAGGAGACGAGGACUGACCUGCUUACGGAAGAGUCCGAGGAACUGUCGACCAUUGAGCAAGCUCAAGAUUUAGGAUCGAAGAUACAAAGGGCUCAGCCUGAUUUUAUCAUUCUUCAUUACAGUCCAUUUAAAGCGGUAUGGGACUGGGUGGUUCUAAUUCUUGUACUUUACACUGCUGUAUUCACGCCUUAUCAAACGGCAUUUCUACUGAACGAAGAAGAAACAACGAUGCGACUCAACAGAGACGCUUCUACAAGAACUCAGAGCACAGAUACAACAACAGCCAACCCUCUCGUUAUCAUCGACCUAAUCGUUGAUCUGAUGUUUAUCGCAGACAUUCUGAUUAACUUUAGGACAACAUAUUUACAUAACGGAGAAGUUGAGAUGGACCAAAAGAAGAUUGCUAUAAAUUAUGUCAAAGGUUGGUUUGUCAUAGAUACCAUUGCAGCCAUUCCAUUUGAUCUCCUGCUGUUUGGGUCAGGAACCACCGAUACGAUGACUAUUGCUGGAAUUCUCAAAACGGCAAGAUUACUACGUCUCCUUAGAGUGAUUAGAAGAAUUGAGCAGUUUGCGGAGUACGGGGCAGCCGUCCUUCUUCUUUUGAUGGUUACGUUUUCUUUAGUUGGGCAUUGGUUGGCGUGUAUAUUUUAUGCUAUUGCCUAUAUGGAGAGACCGCACCUCAAAGAACCAAUCGGCUGGUUAGAUACAUUAGCGGUACAACUGAAUCAGCCAUAUAUUGUGAAUGUUACAAAUAGCGGUCCAAGUAUUAAGACAAAGUAUAUAACGUCUCUGUAUUUUACAUUUACGUCCUUGACAAGUAUAGGAUUUGGAAAUAUAUCUCCGAAUACCAAUGCUGAAAAAAUAUUUUCCAUAUUUGCCAUGAUGUUGGGCUCAUUACUGAGCGCCGCUAUAUUUGGUAACGUAUCGUCCAUCAUGUUAAGAAUUUAUCAAGGAACAGACGAGUAUCAUGAGAAAAUGCAGAGUAUUAAAGACUUCAUUAACUUUCAUCACUUGCCAAAACAUCUUGCCAACCGGUUGCAGGAAUCCUAUACGCAUGCCUGGGCAUACACCAAGGGAAUAGAUAUGAAUUCGGUUUUAAAAAGUUUUCCCGAGUGCCUUCAAGCUGAUAUAUGUCUUCAUCUGAAUCGAAAUCUGCUGAAUAAUUGCCCAGCUUUCCAGAAAGCGUCCACAGGUUGCUUAAGGGCCUUAUCUAUGCAAUUCAAGACGACGCAUGCUCCCCCUGGAGACACUCUGAUACAUCCAGGUGACAUUUUAACAUCUAUUUAUUUCAUGGCAAGAGGUUCAAUAGAAAUAUUGAAGGAUAAUACAGUCAUGGCAAUUCUAGGUAAGGAUGACAUAUUUGGCGGAGACCUUAAAGAUUUGAACACUACUGGGAAAUCUCUUUAUUUUGUCCGUGCUUUAAGUUACUGUGAUAUAAACAAAAUAGAGUUGUCCGACCUGAAAGAUACACUUUACUCCUAUCCAGAAUUUUCCAGUGAAUUUAUGUCGAAGAUCCGAGUUACAUUCAAUUUGAAGCGGGGGACUUUAUUUGAAACACGUAAGAAAUCGAAGAUAGAUGAAGAAAAACUGCGAUUCAUCAGACAAAAACGUCCACAUAUGCAGUCAAAAGGAAAACUUGUCGAUAUUGUAGGUACAGCCGUCAGUGCGGCUUCAAGGGGAAGAAAGCACAGCGCCUCACAGACUGAAAGUUGUGAUAACGUUGGAUCUCAUAUGCUGGAACUAUCACCUGAACAGGCCUAUACUGAUAUUGACAAAGAGUUUGAGGACAGACGCCAUCAGUCGUCACCGCAACCAAAAGACGACCAAGGUGUUUCACAGAAACAUCGGCAUACACUAGCAUCAAAGACAAGUUGCUCGAGCCAUACAUUAAAAGGUUCUUCACCAGGCGCUUCUACAGCAACCUCAUAUACACCAAAAUCUAUCUCUAGUGGAGGUCAGCGUUUCUCUUGGGGUCAAGGGCAAGUCGAAGGUCGUUUUUCUAACCAGGGGUCAAAUCACGCUAUGGGUGAUAUUGACAAACGUUUAGAACAUUUAUCAGAACGUAUGGGGAAAUUUGAAGACGAUCUUUUUCAGACAGUUGAUGAUAUUUUAUUAUUACUUGGACACAAACCAUCCGUACAACAAAAUCUAAGCCACGAUCUAAAUGUUAUAAACACAGAACAGAGUGGAACGAUCGUCAAGGAGAGAAGUGCAGUUAAAGUCCGGGUUCCAAUAACUUCUAAGAAAGGGGCACGUUUGGUCAAAUCUCCCAGUGAACUUUCAACACUUCUUGAUAAAAUGUGACAAAAUAUGGACACAGAUUUAGAUUGAUAUGACCGUUAGUAUCAGUGAAUAUAUCAACCUUAUAAAUGCAUGUAAACAACGAUUUAUGACUGCGAUUAAAUGCCCUAAAGGUAUUCAGUCCUAUGACUAUUAAAAUACAGUUUUAAUUUUAUUUCUUAGUUAUCAAACGUUGCAUAUGUUUCUUAAAACACAGACUGAGAAUGUUUAAUGAUUUUGAUUAAAGCAUUGUUUGAAUAAAAUGGUACGUUGUUUGAAUAAAAUGGU